UAUAUUAAAUAUUUUUUUUUUUUUAUUAGCCACAUAUUGGACCUAUCAAUGAUCAUCAAAAUGCUGUUCAACAAGCACAUCAAAAUGAUCAUGAACCAAUGAAUAGAAUGAUGAAUAAAGAUAUACCUAUUGAUGAUCAUCCAAAUGCUGUUCAAAUGGUACAUCAAGCUGUUCAUAAACCAGUUAAUAAUACAAUGAUUAAUACUCCAUUCAAUAAUGAUCAUCAAAAAGCUGUUCAAAUAAUCCCGCAAGAUGUUAAUGAAGAAGUCAAUUGUAUUAUGCCAAAAACUACAUCUAUCAACAAUCAUGACCUUGCAAAUCAAACAGUCAAUGAAAAUUUUCAUCAACCAGUAAAUAAUACUAUGAAACCUAAACGUCAACAUAUUCAUCAUGUUGAAGAACAAGUCAAUGAAAUAAUGUUAAGUCAAAACUCGAAGCUGAAUAAGUGGAAAUUAUCUAGAAUAUCUAGUAUGUUUCCUCGUAUCGAAAAGCUACCACAAACUAAAAGGAUGCAAAAAUCUUUAUGCACCGACAAUCAUCAACUCACUAAUCAAUCACUGAAUCAAAAUGUUCAAACAGAAGCUUAUAAUAUGAUGCCACAUAUUGGACCUAUCAAUGAUCAUCGAAAUGCUGUUCAACAAGUACACCAGAAUGAUCAUGAACCAAUGAUUAAUAUGAUGAUUGUUGGUUCCUGCUCGACUCAGGGAUAA